UUAAAUUAAAGGUUAUGUUUUUAAACGCCAAAAAUUUUCAAUAAGAAUACAUUUACUAAGCAAUUAUUUUACAAGAUCUGAAAUGGUUGUACCAUUGGAAAACAGUACGUGAAAUCAACAAACAUAGCUGUAAUGAAUCAAAGAUGUCUUCAGUCGAUUUAUCCACGCCAAACUUCACGCAGCAAGACAUCGGUACAAAAAGCAAGAAAAAACCUCAUCGCAUGGCAGACGAGGCGGCAGCAGAAUGCCUGUUCGACCGCCUGCGGCAGCACCAGCAGCGGUCGCCAGACGCCACAGAAGUGGCGCGCACCAUCACUGCACGGAUCAACGCGCGGCUCACGUCCCAUGAUAAACAUAUACGACAAUGUACACUGGAAAAGAUAUGGGACAAGAGAACCAAUGCUAUCCAGAUGCUUCUUACGAUCUUGGAGACAACAAGGGACACGCCAACGUCGACUUAUAUAACAGCUAUAUUACGAGAAGCAUUGUGUUUAAAACAAGGAAAAGGAAAGAAAUGUUCAGCUGGCAAUGAAGCAACAGUUAACAAGAAGAAAGAUGUCAAAAUGACAGGCAAAGAAAAUAAAAAUCCGUUGCUCAAAAAGGCCAACAACAUGGCGCGGACUCAGUGCGCUCAACAAUUGAUAGCCUUAAACGGGACCCAAAUAAUUAUCCGAUACCUCGUUGCUUCCCAUAGCAAACGGGAUGGCUCCGUCAGUGUCGAGACAAUAGUCCAGGACUUAGUGUGGAUUCUUGCCGCGUUGGCGCCUAAAGAUCCAAAAUUUGCAAACAAAGUAAGGACACUGGGGUGUGUUAGAACUAUGCAUCUCAUAUUUAAAGGGCAUUACACAGACAAUAAGCUAAUUUUCCCGUUACUAGUGAUUUUGAAACAACUGGCCAAGAAUUCCGUGACCACAGCCAUCUUGAUCCGCGACGGAGUGGUGGUGACGUAUGAGCGUGUGCUCACUAGCCUGGGGUUCAUGCCCACGGCGCGCCUGCGCCUCUGCCUCGACGCCAUCGACUAUUUCAGCAAGAACAAGGUGUGCUGCAUGCAGAUCGUGAAGACAGGCCUCUGUAGCGUGCUCCUCAGGGUGUUCGACCGCUGGGAUCGCUACGAGGGCCGCAUAAGGCUCAAAAUAUGUGCCCACAUCUUAAGGACGCUGCAGCACCUUUGCAAUAUAAAAGCGGGCCGUCGCUCCCUCUGCACUAAGAGGCACGUGCAGACGCUGCACCGGUUCUGCUCGCAGUGCCCGGACGAGCCCGAGUUCGACGGGCUGCUGGCGAGAGUGUGCUCGGUGAUCACGCUGUGUCUGAAGCACCAGGCGCUGCCCGUACCUGCAUCCAGCCCUGCCUCCUUCAACCUCAACCCUAUACUUAAAGGUACUAAUACAACAUGGCCGUGCCACGAAGACGAUGAAGAUGGGGCAAAUUCAGAUACUAAGACCAUCAACUCGGACCUCGAGGACGAUUCACCUGAUCCUGAUUUAGAUCUGGAGGCCACUGAUGUAUACUCUGAUCUUGACUUGAAUGAUGGUGAUAAGCUGGAUACAACCGAAGGCGAAGUAGAGAAGUCACACCAUUUGAAAUCAGAUAGUAUACCAAGUGCAUUGUUUUUCAAUCCAAAUGAGAGAGAUAUAGAAGACUUAAAAAAAUAUGUUUGUUUUUUUAAAGAAUUUGGCUCUUACAACAAACAAGUGAAAUUAGUCAAGAGCCGUUCUAAUUCCAGAGGAUCCAUUCUCGACGAUUUUCUACAGUGCCAAUCAAAUAAGAACGGGUUGUCUUCGCUUAAUUUAUCGUUAUCUCCAGAUUGUGACAGUAUAUUCCCAAUUAUGCCCACCCCACUGCAAUCGUCUCCACUGUACACAUGCAAUAAACUUAACGAAAGCACAUCUACAACCUCUUGCUCAAUCCUCAAGAUACACAAAGACCUUGCAAAGUUCAGCUCAUUUGCGAUGGUGUAUUGCACAAUAGCGUCUCGGGUUAGAAGUGUGAUUCCGUUCGUGAAAGUAGCCUUUCCAGACAUGAUAGCUGGACAGGGCCUUGCACGCCCUGAGCCUUUAAAUAAAAUGGAGCGAUCCACCUGCAGAGUCAAGUUGUUAUCAUGUGUUGAUAGAGCAAUAAGCCCGGAAGCUUAUAUGAAUGAAGUGGUCUAUGAUCUAGAUCAGCUAAACUCUCAGGCUGGGGUACCUGAUAACCCAUCGCUAAAAAGUACGGAGAGCGUUUUCCUAUCGAACACAGAUGAAGAAGAAAUAGCAAAAUUAAAUAAUUUUUCGACACGAUUGUCUUUUGAAUCCAGGUUUGAAUCUGGCAAUUUGAGAAAAGCUAUUCAGAUAGGUCCAAGAGAGUACGAGCUAAUUCUAAUGCCUGACGUGAACUCCACGAAAAGACAUCAGUGGUUCUACUUUGAAGUGCGUAACAUGAUACAGGGGCGGUCGUACGUCUUCAACAUCGUCAACUGUGAGAAGUCUGACAGCCAAUUUAAUUUCGGCAUGAAACCAGUUAUGUACUCAGUCAAGGAAGCAGUUCUGGGUAAACCAGGAUGGGUCCGAGCUGGCACAGACAUUUGUUACUACCGCAACAGCUACCACUACUCAAGCCCGAGAAGCCACAACAAGUGCUAUCUCACUGUGACGUUCAACAUCGAGUUCCCUCAUACCAAUGAUGUGGUAUAUCUCGCCUAUCAUUUCCCGUUCACAUAUUCGAUGAUGAUGGCCAAACUGUGGCAACGGAGUCUGCAUCUGCCGCCGAACGCGUACCUGCGCGCGGAGCCGCUCUGCUACUCCCUCAACAACAACGAGGUGCCGUUGGUGACAAUAUCCGCCGACGAUACGCCUACUAACCCGAUUGCGGACAGAGAAAUAAUCUUCCUAACGGCCCGCGUGCACCCCGGCGAGAGCAACGCGUCGUGGGUGAUGGACGGCACAUUGAGCUGCCUGCUCGGCGACACCGACGUGGCCGCCUCGCUGCGCGCCAAGUACGUGUUCAAAAUCGUGCCCAUGCUCAACGUCGAGGGAGUCAUUAACGGCUGCCAUCGAUGCGGCUUGACUAAUGAAGAUUUAAAUCGGCGAUGGAGUAAACCGAGUCCCGUUUUGCAUCCUUCCAUUUAUCACACCAAGGGUCUGAUCGAAUAUUUGGUGCGCGUAUGGAAGAAGCCGCCACUGGUGUACUGCGACUACCACGGGCACUCGCGCAAGAAGAACGUGUUCUUCUAUGGCUGCGCGGGCGCCGAGAGCUGGUGCGGCUCCGACCGCAGCGUGCCCGACGAGCCCGUCAAGUACCUUAUGCUCCCGGCUCUGAUGCAUCGCAUCUCUCCGGCGUUCGCUUUGGGAUCGUGCUCUUUCCGAGUUGAGCGGGAACGAGAGAGUACGGCUCGCGUUACCGUGUGGCGUCAUCUCGGCGUCACACGCUCUUAUACGAUGGAGGCGACUUUCUGCGGCUUCGAUCGAGGACCCUUCAAGGGCUUCCACCUGAACACGCAGCACCUGCAGAGUGUGGGCAGCGAUUUCUGCGAGGCGCUCAAUGGCCUGAAUGACACCGCCACCAGCGACGAUAUCCAGCUCACGAAGGAUCUCAAUGGUGCCAUCGCCGUGGACAGCGAGCCAGGCUCCGGCUCCGGCAGCGUGCUGCGUACCGACUCCGACGAGGACUUCGACUAGCAUCGAGUCGAUUGGCCGAGUGCAAACUCAACACCUGAAGGCCUACCGCGGACACCGAAGUUCGCAAAUUGCGGGCAUCUUUCUCUGUCACCCUAAUUAGGCCUUAAUUGGAGUAAGAAAAAGAUGCCCGCAAUUUGCGAACUUCGGUGUUUACGGUAGGGCCUCUAGAAGGGCACGUUGUUACACCACAAUUGAUGAUGAUCUAAUUAUAGCACUUGGUCACUGCAAGAUGUGUGGACCCAUCACUAACAUUAGGGUUAAUGCGUAUAAUGGGGUGCCUAAAAUUGAUUUUGUAUUACAUUUUAUUUUGUUUUACAAAACGUACUUAAGGUAGUGUGUACAACUUCACUUAUUUUUGUUUACCCGAAUGAUCUAAUGCAGCGGUCGGCAACAAGCGGCCCGCGGGCCGCAUGCGGCCCGCGAACCUCUCACUUACGGCCCGCGAGCCUCAUACGGCAAAUAGCCAUAUUUUGUAUGUAAUAUUGACAGACGACAAUGUCUGAUAAAGUCAAAGAUUUACGAUAUCAAAGAUAAACUUCGGUAACUACUAUUUGGCCCUUGGCUGCUAAAAUGUCGCCAACCGCUGAUCUAAUGGAUCAACCUAAGUAGAAACAAGAUUGACAAUAGUAUGAAGUGAUUUCUAAACUUAAUUACAGAGCUAUCCCAUUAGAUGGUGCCUAAAUGUGUGUCUACAAUAAUGUAAUUAUAAUGGCAAUAUUGGAUGUAUUGUUUCCAGUUACAACGCUGGUAUUAGUGAACGAAUACUGUAAUAAGUAUCUAGGGUACAAUUAAUUUAAGUAAUAGUUUUCGUAACGUACUGUAUAAAUUGUCUGUGAACUGUACUCACCCUGUUUGGCUUUGACCGUGGGAAGUAAAUUGUAAGUGGCUUGUGAUCUCAGUUAUAAAUAAACUAUUAAAUAUCA